GUCGUACAAGUCUAACACAAAAACAAAUUAUCUUUAAAGUUACAUUACCAGCUCUUGGUUUUAAUACUUAUUAUUUUGAAAAGAAACCUGAUCAAGAAAAGAAUGAAAAAUCUACUGUGAAAAUUACACAUAAUGAAGAAUGUACUUUAAAAAAUCAACAUCUGCGAGUGGAUUUUGAUGAUCAAGGUAACCUACAUCAAAUUGUUAAUUUAGAUAAGAAUACUGGUGUACAAUUCAAGAGUCAAGGUUUUUAUUGGUACCAGGGUUUUGCUGGUAAUAAUUCUCGACCAGAAUUUCAACCAUCAGGUGCUUAUAUUUUUCGCCCACUUUCAUCUGAUCCACAACCAGCCAGCACUACACGAUCAAUAAUAUGUAUAAAAGCAGAAAGUGUUCAAACAGCAAUAGUCACUUUUAAUAAUUGGGCAAGUCAAGAAAUCAGCUUGUAUGAUGGUGGUGAACAUGUUGAAGUUGAAUGGACAGUUGGACCCAUUCCUAUUAAUGAUAAUAUCGGCAAAGAAAUAAUUCUACGAUAUGACACUGAUAUUCAAAGUCAAUCGAAAUAUUAUACCGAUGCUAAUGGUCGUGAAGUGCUUGAACGAAAAAGAGAUUAUCGACCAACAUGGAACUAUACAGCUGUUGAAACAGUGAGUGGAAACUAUUAUCCAGUGAAUAGUCGAAUAUGGAUAAAAGAUGAAGAUCAACAAUUUACUGUUCUCACUGAUCGUACACAAGGUGGUGCUAGUAUUGCUGAUGGUUCAGUCGAACUUAUGAUUCAUCGUCGACUUUUCUACGAUGAUGGUCUUGAUGUUGGUGAAAUCUUAAAUGAAACUGCAUAUGGUGAAGGACUUGUUGUACGUGGUAAACACAUUCUUUUCAUUCAACCACCUGCUGCAAGUGCUCUCUAUCAUCGAGUUGCUUCUCAAAGCUUAUAUAUGCAUCCACUUGCAACAUUUGCAAUAAUUCCACAAACUUAUGAUAGUUAUGCAGCUGCUUAUCGUCAAACAUGGUCAGCAUUAACUGACACAUUACCAUUAAAUAUGCAUUUAUUAACAUUCGAACAAUUAGCACCACAAAUCUAUCGAAUUCGUGUUGAACAUUAUUUUGAGUUGAAUGAAGAUGAGACAUAUUCACAUCCAGUGACAUUUGAUCUACAAUCACUAUUCAAAUCAAUAGGACAAAUUAGUGAAUUUACUGAAUUGAUACUUACUGCAAAUUUACCAUUAUCGGACCUAAAAAGACUUACAUGGUUAUCUAGUGAACAAGAAUCAUCUCACAUGUUUGUUCCAGAACAAAACACUGCAACAAAUACAACUAUUAGACUUAUACCAAUGCAAAUUCGAACAUUCAAUGUUUUA